AUGGCUCGACUCAGCAACGUCUCCGUUGUUGUUCCCCUUCCAUCCUUCGAUAUUGAUCCCCUCAGGACCUUUGACGAAGACUUCUUUGAUCGUGCUGUUGACAACAUCUUGUCAGAGGAGGCGAGCUUCGAAGAAUCCCGGGACGAGAUGAUGGACGGUAACACUGGCAUAUCGAGUCCAUUUGGGUAUGACGGUGCGUCUGACUCCUCGAACCUCAACGUUCGUCGUAGCCAAAGGACCGGAGCCAACUCGGCGCAUUUUUCUACAACAUCAAUCCCAUCACCCACAACCACCUCGGCAAAUAAGCCGAAGUCGAGAAGGUCUUCCAGAAUACGAAAGAGUGUUACAAUGGAGGAUGUCAAUGCUCAUGGUGAAGCUCCUAUGAGCCUCGAGAACAUCACACAACCUCAGCGUGUGGAGGAAGUCCUACAAGUUGAACCUUAUCCCGUUCACAAAGCUGGCGAUCACCCUUCUACAGUUCCUAAAAUUACCAACUCGGCGGCAAUGCUGACUGAUGACUAUGGAAUGACGGCGGAAGAGAAGAUCUUUGCUUCGGUGGACUCCGAAAAGCAGAUGGAGGUGUUGAAGUUCGUUGUAUCACACUCUUUCAUGACGGAGCCAGUCCAACAUGUUCGACGUUCGGCCCGGCGAGAAUUCACUGGCCAAGUGCGUGGGGUCGCCGCAGAGGCUGGCAUGGACGACAUAGCUAUCGAUGCUUUGGUCGACCACGUUCGAAAGAUCUACCUUGAGGACCGUGGAAUUGCGGUAGCCGAUGAUGCCGGCUCUGCAUUUGGGGACGAGGUGGACGGUGAGGAAAAAGCACAUACUAAGAGCUCGCACCGGAAACGGCGCAAGAGCAGCUCGGGCCAGCCCGAGGACAAAGAGCACAAGAAAAGCAAGAAGCGACACUCGGAUAAGGCAAGACGGCACAGCCAUGAUGCUAUGCAGCAUGAUGAGCCAAACAAGGUUGUGGAAACUCAUGUCCCGGCAGGUGUUUUCACUAACGGCCAGGACAAUGGCUACGUUGAGCUGGAGGAACCGAAACGUAAGGACAACACGCCGGAUCUGCCUAAAAUGCCUACGAACAUCAUUCGGGGUAGCCCCAGCGCACCCAUCGACCUGACCCACUCUACUCCUCAUCACGAGUUCGCCCGUGAAGCUGAUGUGGUUCCAUCUCAUGCCCAAAAACUUGAUGUCAUCCGGGAGACCAAGGAUCUUCAGGAUAGCACCAAAAAGGCUAUCACGCCUCACUUGUUACCCGAUGCCCCGACGGAGAUGAUUCAGAGUCCAUCACCUGAACAAGUUGAACGAAAACCGUGGAAACGUCGUGAGCCAGGAAAAACAUCACAGAGAGACAAAAACAAGCGCAAGCGCGAACGGAGGAGGGAGCGCAACAAACAUCGAAUCAAGUUGGGUGGACAGCAACGCCCUCAAGGUGACUCACCCAAAUGGAAGCAGACGGAGCUCCAGUCAGCUUCCGCUACCCGCCGAUCCAUCCGAGUGGACGAUGGAUUUUUGAAUACCAGUGAUUUGCCAGGUGUGACUCCAAGUGAUGAGGUUCAAUCGAAGUAUUUCUUAGGAGCCGGCAACCCCAAAGUUGGCUCGAAAAACAAGCGGGAAAUGACUUCUUCCCUGUAUGAUUUGUCUAUCCCACCCAAAACCCGACAGCUGUUGAAAGAUCUGAAUCUGCCCCCAGACUUCUUGUCGUCAGAUUCUUCCUUGAGUGAUGCGCCGAGUGAUUUUGAUUCCAAUUCGGAUGAUUCAGAUGAACCCCGGUCGCAUGUUCAUAUCAAAUUAUCACCUCCGAAAAGCCCCCGUCUUGUUCCCCAAUUCACAAACCCCGACCCCCAAACCCCUGUGAAAUCUACCUCUUUCAUUAACCCAGAACUUAUUAAAACCCCCCAAGUCAAACCCUUGAAGCAUUCUCCUUAUUUCCCACGUGUCCCAGUUGAUCCUGAAUCAUGCCUCCCGUUCCCCCCUAUCGAAGCAUCCUCUUUCGGACUCAUCCAGGAGCAGCUUGCACAUGACCCCUUUCAUUUACUAAUUGCAACCAUUUUUCUCAAUCGAACCCGCGGGGGUGUUGCCCUGCCGGUUUUGUUCAAAGUGUUUGAACGAUACCCUACGAUUGAGGCGAUGGCCGAAGCAAACCCACCGGAACUUGUAUCGAUGAUAAACUGCCUAGGCUUUCAAAACCAACGUGCAAAGAAAUGCAUCACAUUGGCACAAACAUGGCUAUCAGACCCCCCGAACAGAAGCAAAAGAUAUCGCAAGCUCCACUACCCACGAAAGCUUGACGGUCGAAAUGUUGGCCGUGAAGAAUGCAUUGAUGAAGAAGAUUUGCGAGUGGCAUGGGAGAUUGCACAUCUACCAGGAGUUGGAGCAUAUUCCCUUGAUAGCUGGAGGAUCUUCUGUCGCGACGAAUUACGGGGGAAAGCCUCUGACUGGAAAGGGAUGGAUGCGACAGAGGUCGGGUUUGUGCCUGAAUGGAAGUGCGUUCUGCCACACGACAAGGAGCUACGUGCUUAUCUUACAUGGAUGUGGCUAAAAGAAGGAUGGAUUUGGGAUUACAACACUGGUGAUCUGACACUUGCGAGUGACAAGAUGAUGAGAGCUGCGCAGAGUGGAGGAGUUGCUCGUGAAGAAGAGGGGAAUUGGGUACUAGAGACCUCCCCCGUCAAGGCUGUGAAUGGAUUACAUGAAUCAGAUUGA